GCCGGGUCAAUUUCUAGACCUUAAGAACUUGAAAAAAAAAAAAAAAAAGAAAAAAAUCUUAUCAGGUCUCAUAACCUCAACUUCUUACGCCGAGAUGAAGGUCCUCAGCCUAAAUUUCCUGACCUGCGCAGUCAAGGCGUGCAAAAGCUCCUCAAACUCGUAUCCCCUUCAUCCUAAAGAUGCAGAGCUGGUGCAUGACGAUAUCGAGGUGAACGCCCAACUGCUGCUCAACGUACUGCCCCGCAUCGAUUGGACCGCCUUGUCUACGACAGCUACCGAACUUGGCUUCCCAGCGCUACCGCCUCAGGCUCCGUCGGUAGAAGAGCUGCAAGGCGACGAGCAGAAGAUGAAGGACCUGCACAACUUGCUCAUGGAGACGCAGAUCAUGGAGGGCAAGCUGGUGUGCGCCAACUGCGGCCACGAGUACGCCGUCCGCGAGGGCAUCGCCAACUUUCUUCUGCCGAGCCACUUGGUUUAAACGUUGUUGGCGUUUGCUACAUAGGACGAGGGGAGUUCAAGGCGGAGAAAUGCAAUGCAAUGCAAGUGGGCACUGAACUGUGCUGUGCUACUAUUUGGAACCUUAGGUAGCUAAACGACUGCAAUCACGAAAGACUUGGGCAGGCGUUCGGGAGUUAAGCUGAGGCGCAAAAACUGCAUAACAUAAGGCCUAUGUGGUUACUACACAGGCACGACGGAGAGAAACUUCAAAAGGGGCGAGGAGAAAGGGGAAAGGAAAAAAAGCCGUAGUCAAUUCGAUUCU